GUCUGUUCGCGAUGCUUUUUUGGAGACGGACAGUUGCAGGUUCAUUGAGAAGCGAAGAGUGAGACGCGAGAAGUGUAAGAGGACAUCCUUUUCAGGAACAAAAAGCAACAUCAAAGUGGUAUUAACUACUUCAGAAAACCUCAGAUUCUUCCUAAUUUCCUGAGAUGAAGUUUAAUGUCUUCAUUUCCGCGGUGGCUCUACUUAGUGCCUUCCAACCACGAUAUGAAUGUAGAGCCAUUGAAACUCGAGGAGCUGUGCAUCCAUCGAAGACUCUUGAAACUGAGCUCCAACAGCUAUCUCUUCCCAUUAUCCUGCGAUUAGGAGAGGAAUACUUCAUGCGGCUUGACAAGGCAAACCAAAAUGCAUCGCCUUCCGAUUCCAAAGCAUUCGCCGGAGCACCCUCAAAGAUGGUAAACAGGGCUCUUCAACUUCAACUCACUCAGCAACUUCUUCAAGGUAAAGUUGAUAGUAUCGAUCGGUUCGUAAGUAGCUACGAUAACCAGGUGGAUGAUUCAAAGGAAAAGGGAAAGCGGUCUGAAGAGCCUCCUAUUUCGUUGGAUCUGACGUUCCAUCUUCUGCGAGAAGUUUUAGAAAUGGCUCGGGCGGAGCAAAUUGCCCAGCAGGCAAAUAGUAACAGAAGGAUGAUGGACAUCUUUGGAAAAUGA